AUGGCCGGUGCCAACGCGCUGGGCCAAGAGGUUCCAGGCAUUUCAUUUGUGAGCGGGGGAGUCCCUCAAGCCCUCAACCAGGCCACAGGUAAUGCCAAUCCCAAGCGGACCACGGCCGCGAAGCCGAAGGCUGACGACGAGUCCUCGGACUCUGGGCUCUCCUCGUCCUCGAGCAAGUCGGAGCAGACAAAAAAGACGCCCAAGUCGAACCCGACAUGGCAUACCGAGGUGUCGCCCCCGGGAGCCGUGCCGACGGAGCCCUCCGUGGCAUCGGUGCCGGCGAGGAAACGCCGUGCCUCAGUGGACGAGCUGAUGCUGAAGGCGAAGUCCGGAGCAGCCGAAGCCUACAGAGGGCUCACCAUGGAUCCUGCCAAAGCGCUUCAGAAGAAGCGCGAGCGUCUGCAGGAGGCCUGGGUUGAGCCAGAGUCGAUUAUAGACGAGAUGAGCAGCUUCGAGAAGGGAUGCGGCUAUCGCUUCGUGUUGAAGGAGAGCAGCUAUCUCCGCAAAAGCUGGAGCUUCAUAGUGGCCUUACUGCUGCUGUACACAGGCACUGUAUUUCCCUACAAGCUGGCUUUUAUAGAGUUUUACAUCGGGGCGAGUGAAGAGUUCGAAAAGUCGACCGAGAGAGCCUGGAUGCCAGUCGAGCUGACGGUGGACAUUCUCUUUUGGAUCGAUCUGUUCCUUAUCUUCCUCUUCAGCUACAAGGACGAGAACCUGCAAGUUGAGGUCUGCGACUUGAAGGCCAUCGGUUGCCGAUAUCUGAAGGGCUUCUUCUUCGUGAACUUCUUGGCCUGUGUUCCGCCAUCUUGGUUUAGCGUUCUCUUUAGCGGCGGCGGUGAGGAUUCCUCCUCGUCUCUGAACAAGAGCCUGCGGCUUUCCCGGCUGCACCGCACCAGCCGACUGGCAAGGCUGGCGCGGCUGGGACGGCUCGCGAAGCUCGCGCCUUUCCUCCACGAGAGCGCGACGUGGAAGUAUAUCCAGGCAUUCCGAGGCGUUCGUAUGAUGAACCUCACCGUCGGCCUGAUGUGGGUGGUGCACUUGAUGGCAUGCGGAUGGUAUCUCUGCGCUGCGCUGCACGAAGAGCCGAACGACACGUGGGUCGCCCGCCGUUCCAUCAACAACGACGGGGAUGUUUUGAUGGGGCAGGAUCCUUCGGAGCAAUGGGUGCAUGCGCUCUACUUUAUCCUGACUAUCUUCACCACGGUCGGCUUCGGGGAUAUGUCUGCCUUCACCACGGCAGAGACACUCUACGUCGACUGGGCGAUGAUUGUCGGAACAGUGGUGAACAGUAUCAUCAUGUCCGAGGUCAUCACCACGCUGACCGGCGUGGACCGAGCUCAGGCUGAGCUGAACAAACGCUACGCUCUCAUCAAGGAGUUCAGCGAGCAUGCGCGGCUCAGCGGCAAGGUGACCACAGCCUUCGAGAAAGCAGUGCAGCGCGCAUCCCACGCCGGAGAGAUGAGGGUCGAUCCGGCGCUGAUGAAGUCGUUCUUCGCAAGCGACACGCUUCCGCGUGAGCUGAUGCUGGACUUGACGAGGGACCUGUUCCAAGGCAUGCUCAUUCGGAACGAGAUUCUGGUGACGGUGGAAAGCCACGGCAUUCCGCUGUCCUCGCGCUUGCCUCUCAUUCUAGCAGCCGUGAUGCACCCGAAGCAGUUCCAAUUCCAGGACGUUGUGUACCAGAACGCCGACCAGCCGAUACACAUCUACCUCGUCAUGCGAGGCUAUGCCGUUGUUGUGGGCGAAGCGAACAUGCAAGCGCUUACUGCAGGGAUACGAGGGCACAAGAACCGGAUCGAGCCGGCGACUUUUACCUUUGAGGGCCAUCUACCCGAGGGGACACCUCUGGUGAUCAUUGAAGAGGGCAUGAAGGCCGAGGAGGUGAGGCUACUUGGCAAGACCUAUGUCAACGACAUAGACUGGGCUUCGCUCGCAACUUGGUGUGGAAAGCCUGAGUUGGCCGACCUCUUUCGGGCCACUUGCCAGUACACUCGGUGGCGGAGGCACCCACGGGUCAUUGGCAACACUCCUGGCUUUGCCUGCACCAGUAUGGAAGGGGCAGGCAUCAAAGGCCCAUAUGGAAGAGAUCUGGUCACAGCGACCAUAAAGCUGGUUGCAUGUGGCGAGUCGGGACUUGUGAAGCAGCUCUAG